UGUGACGCCACCCACCCCCAGUGUCAUCGCCUCGGGGUGCUAGCUGGCGCGGCCUCUCCUCUGGCUUGAGCUGCCUCGGGACACCUCGGAUGCCUGCGGAGCCUAUGCUGCGGCACCGGGGCGCGAGUUCCUCCAAGUCUGCUCCUCUUCCAUCUCUUCGGACUCAGUUUACCUGUCAUUGGGCCAGAAACGGGAAUUGUUCUUGAUUCCUUGUAAUUUUCAUCCUGUUUCAAAUACUUCAGUGGGUUUGGUUUCAUCUCCAAAGCAUGUCUGAAACUGGCCCUGAGUGGGCGGGACCCUCCAAGCGCCUCAGGCUUCUGCUCAUUCUCAGCCCACUUUCUCACUGGGAGCCCCAAAAACUUGUGUUUAACCCAUCAGUCUCCAGUGUGGCCGCCUGAGCCUGCAGGAUGUUUCACGGGAUCCCAGCCACUCCAGGCGUGGGAGCCCCUGGAAACAAGCCGGAGCUAUACGAGGAGGUGAAGCUGUACAAGAAUGCCCGGGAGCGGGAGAAGUAUGACAACAUGGCAGAGCUGUUUGCAGUUGUGAAGACGAUGCAGGCCCUGGAGAAGGCAUACAUCAAGGACUGCGUCACCCCCAACGAGUACACUGCAGCCUGUUCCCGGCUCCUGGUCCAGUACAAAGCCGCCUUCCGGCAGGUGCAGGGCGCAGAAAUCAGCUCCAUUGAUGAAUUCUGCCGCAAGUUCCGUCUGGACUGCCCACUGGCCAUGGAGAGGAUCAAAGAGGACCGUCCUAUCACCAUCAAAGACGAUAAGGGCAACCUGAACCGCUGCAUUGCAGACGUGGUCUCGCUGUUCAUCACGGUGAUGGACAAACUGCGCCUGGAGAUUCGUGCCAUGGAUGAGAUCCAGCCGGAUCUGCGGGAGCUGAUGGAGACUAUGCACCGCAUGAGCCACCUGCCCGCCGACUUCGAGGGCCGCCAGACCGUCAGCCAGUGGCUGCAGACCCUGAGCGGCAUGUCGGCCUCGGAUGAGCUGGACGACUCCCAGGUGCGCCAGAUGCUCUUCGACCUGGAGUCGGCCUACAACGCCUUCAACCGCUUCCUGCAUGCCUGA